GGUGAGGUGCACACUGUACAGUUUACUCAUUAAAAAAUACAAUGAUCUGUGUUUUAAAUUAUUAACCACUGACCUUAUCUAUUAUAUAUGUGUAAAUAUUGAGCAAUCGACGAAUUGUACUCUCUGUAAUUUACAACAAAGUAAACAUAAAUUUACAGCAAUUUUUGAAAAGCCAUUUUAAAGUUUACCCCAUUCUCCGCUAGAGUUUUUCUUGGGUGUUCUUCUCAUCCUUUAAUAUCGUCAGUGCCUGUGAAUGUGUGACAAUUGUAUGUUAUUUUGUACUUGCUUUCUUUCGUGCAUUGUAUACAUUGCAUGUCGAAUUUCAAGACCGCAUCAAGGUUGAAAAGAACAAUUUUAAUAUAGAAAAAAAAAGAUUCAAACUUAUUAAAAGUGAGUGAUUAACUUGCCUAUUGGUGUGAAUGGAAAAACAAAAAGCAAGACUUUAUUUUAAUUUGUUAUUCACAAUUUGUUUUCUUUUCUAAAAAAAAAAAAAAACGGAAAGAUCUUAAUUUUCAAUUUAAUUUUUUAUUGUGUAAACACUAUAAUGUUUUUUAAAGAGGCAAGAAAAAUGAAUGAGGAAAGAAAAACAUUUUUUUGAAAGAAAGAAAAACAGGAGAUUGAAUUAAUUUUUUUUUAGCAAAAGCACAUCGAACAACGUUUGUCACAAUUGAAAUCAGUUAAUGCGAAGGCAAGGACAAGACGUCAUGCAGGUCAACUUAGCAGGAAUUAGACGAGAUAUUUUGAAUCUCGCUCACAAUUACAGCAAUGCUCAGAAAGCUGUGCGAAAAGCAACAAGCAACGAUCCAUGGGGUCCAAGCAGUACGCUUAUGGCAGAAAUUGCUGAUUUAACAUACAAUGUUGUGGCAUUUACUGAAAUAAUGCAAAUGCUUUGGAAACGUUUGAAUGAUCAUGGCAAAAAUUGGCGACAUGUAUAUAAAGCCUUAGUUCUUCUAGAGUAUCUCAUCAAGACUGGUUCGGAAAGAGUUGCUCAGCAAUGCAAGGAAAAUAUCUUUGCCAUUCAAACAUUAAAAGAUUUCCAAUACAUGGAGGGUCCCAAGGAUCAAGGAAUAAAUGUCCGAGAAAAGGCGAAGCAAUUAGUGGCCUUAUUGAAGGAUGAUGAAAGAUUGAAAAACGAAAGAGCAAGGGCAUUAAAAGCGAAAGAAAGAUCGGUACAAUCUAUGCGUGGAUUUGGAAGCGAUGGAGCCGACACGAUUUCCCCAGGCAGUGGCGAUUUUCAGGACUGGGAACCUUGUCAGCUUUCUGAAACAUCAUCGAGACCGGAAUUAGAAGCUGCAAGACCGCAGACAAUUGGUGAGGAGGAACUUCAGUUACAAUUGGCAUUGGCAAUGUCACGAGAGGAAGCUGAACAGGAAGAACAAAGAAGACGUAGCGACGAUGUCAGAUUGCAAUUAGCGCUUAGUCAGAGCCAACAAGACUUUAAAAUACCACAACCUGAGAAGCAAAGUCAUAUGCUUGAUUUACUUGAUGUGAAUUUGGGGGAGGCUAGCGGAGCUAGUGCACAAGUUGAUCCUUGGGGUGUUCCAAUCGCUCAACCGCCACCACGACCACAGGGACAAAAUGAUCCAUGGUCUGUUCCUACAACGAGCACAACAUCUCCACCAGUUGUUGAUCCUUGGGCUCCAGCCCCUCCGCAAAGACCAAUGGUAGCUGAAAUUACAGCUGCAACUGUCGAUCCAUGGCGUGCACCAGCUCCAUCUCCGGCAACUGUAUCAUCGCCAGUGACCGCAGAUCCUUGGGCUCCUGCCGAAUCUAGGCCUAUUGGAUUUAACGUUUUAUCGUCAACCAAUUCUAAUUUUAAUUCCACCACAAAUGGUUUUUCAAAUUUCAAUAAUGGCGUGUCGCCGAAUCAAGGAAAUGCCAGUCCACUGAACGAUUUAGAUGAAUUCGACAUCAUCAGCAACAGAAAUAAAAUUGAAACCAGUCCUCAGAUUGUAAACAACGGAAGUUCAAUUUCUCCAGAUCCAUUUGACUUGGGCGGCCUAGGAAAUAAUCUUCCUCAAAGUACCGGUGCUGUUAAAAAGACUCCACAAUCAUUUCUUGGAGAAAAUUCUGCCCUCGUUAAUUUGGACAAUCUUGUGAGCGCAUCCGCAAUAAAACCUGCCGCACCAACACCGACAAUAACUGUACCGUAUUCAGCGAAUCCGUUUGCAGCGGCAACGCCUCCACCCCGUCCUUCGAUUAAUCAAAUUCGACAAGAUCCAUGGACAGCGAGCACAACCUCUCCAGCAAAUCCAUUUCUCUCCUAGCUUGAUUAAUUUUUCAAUUCUCUGAUGAUAUAAGAAACAAAAAAAAAAAAAAAAAAAGAAAAAACCAACCAACUUUGAACAUCUGUAAGUGUCUUUGACAUUUUAUAAUAAUAGCAACUGUCAUUAACAAAUUUCUCCUAUUGUAUUAAUCUAAUUGAAAUAUUAAGAAUUCACAUUCUUGACAUGUUUUAAAAAAAUUCUCCUGUUCAAAACGUAUUAUUCACGUCAAGAAAAAUCUUUUUAAAAGAAUUGUAAUCAGUUUACAAAACUUGUAUAUUUCUAAAAUUGCAAGAAUUUAAACUGAAUUAUUUUUUUUUCUUUCGUGUGAAGGGAAUUUUAAUAUUUUCAUUCAAUAAUGAAAAAUACAAAAGCAAACAAUUAAAUGUUAUUAUAAUUUAGAGAUUUUGUGAAAUUUUGUAAAAAUAAUUCCCAUUCUUCUUAAAAAACAAUUUUUUGGUAUUAAAUUUCUCAAAAUGAUACAAAGUCUUUAAAAAAACACCAAGUGUUGAAAAAGUAAAUUUUUCCUUUUUUUAUAUGACAAAACUCUAAUUAUAAUACAUAUUUAUUUCGUCUACUAUAUCUUAGGCCGAAAGCACGUUUUAUGCAAUAAAAUCAUGAAGAACAUCGAAAUCUUUUAAAGCGCAUUUGUGAAUUUUUUCUAUUUAAAUGAAAUCGUAAAGCGAAAAUUCGCUGAUUGAAUAUUAUUAUUUUUUUUACAAUUAUUAUUAUUAUUAUUACAAUUAUUAUUGAUUAUUAAAAACUAGAUUUUAUACGCGUGCUAUUUUUUGUUUUUUGGAAAAAACAAAACCGGCACCAAAAAAAAAUCACUGUCUAAUACUUGAGGCAAAAAAUGGCCCGACUUUUUUUUUAUUUCAAUGAAAUCAUUUAUUAUCGUAAUAUUGUUUAAUCAAUUCUUUAUAAUAACAAGUAUUUGAUAAUGGAAAUUUUUGGUACUGAAAAAUUGAUCCACGCUUUUAUUUUUAUUUUUUUUUCUUCUCUUUUUUCCUAGACAAAAAAAUAACAAAUUUUCGAAGAACAAAUCUGAAACAAUUACGUUUAACGAAAUUGAAAAAAUUCUAGUUUUAAGAAUAAAAAAAAAAAUUUAAGCGAAUUUAUAAAAAAAUAUUUACAAAUUUAUUUGCAAUUGUGAGAUGAUGUGGGAUUUAUUUCCCGAUGCUUUAAAAAGAAAAUUGUAAAUAUCAUUGUUUUUGAAAAAUGUUUUCAUCGUCUUGCUUUGUUCGCUAAGUAUUACCAGAUCAUAGCUAUUUUUUUUUCUUCUCGUCUAUUUUUUAAGAAAGCAACGAAUGGUCUACGUCAGGCUUUUUUUUCUUCUCUUUUUUUUCGAAAAAAAUGACUUGAAAAAUUUACUGUAGCAAUUUUUUUUUAAACUAUUAAUUAUUGAUUGUCCUCGAUUUGAAACUACGGGUAAAAAAAAACUCACUCCAUUUUUUACACACGAGAGUUUCUUCUAAAUUUAUAUAUAGAACAAAAGAUAUUGUCUCUUUUCUUCGACCUCAGGGCAAAAGAAAAAAAAAAAUUGAUGAAACAUUUUUUUUCAAAUGCCCUAAAUUUAUUUUCGAAUACUUUUUAUCAAUGAGAAAAAAAAUAUAUCUCAAUUAUUUAUAUUUAUAUAUAUAUAUAUAUGGUUUAUAAGAAUUUGGGGGCAAUGUUAUUUGGAUAUGUGAGAAAAAAAAUUUUAUAGGUGAUAAUUGGAAAAUUGAUGUCGUUAGGAGAAAAAUCAAAUUUAAUGUAACAGUUUUUUUGUUACCUUUAAUUUAUACAGUUGCAUUUACAAUUUUUGAUUAAUUUUCCAUUUUAUUUGGGUAAUCUCAAAUUAUAUUUUAUAUUUUUUUUGUGAGUAUUAAACAGAAACCAAAUACAGAAUUUGAAUUUUCUCACAACGUCAUCAAUUGGAUUUUUUUUUUUUUUUUGUAGUUUUUAACUAUUAUUAAUUAUUAUUAUUAUUGAUUCAAGAGCAUUAUUUUCCGAUUCUUAUUAAGAGAAAAAAGCAUCGUAAUAAAUUAUUAAACAUAUAUAAAUAUAUAUUUUACUAGGUUGCGUUAUACACUUAUUAAUAUUAUUCAGCAAAA